AUGAAACAGGAAAUAAUUAGAAGGAGUGAAUGUGGGGUAAAACAGUGUGACCUCGUCAAAGAGUUUGGCCUCAGCAAGACCACCAUUUUCACCAUUUUGACAAAUAAGGAUGCAAUCAAAUCAGCCAAAGUAGCCAAAGGAGUAUCAAAACUAUUUCAUGAAAAACAUAGGUCUUCAAUCCAUGAGGAAAUGGAGAGGCUAUUAGCGAUUUGGAUUAAGGACAGGCAGGUGAAAGGUGACGUAACAACCCAAGAUAUUAUCUGUCACAAAGCCAAGAGAAUUUAUGACGAUCUAAAGAAAAACGUCCCUGGAAGUAGCAGCAAUCAAGAUAAUGAAGAAGAAUUCAAAGCCAGCAGGGGGUGGUUUUUUAGAUUUAAGAAAAGGUGUGGAAUCCACAGCGAUGAAGGAUACUGCCCACAACAAGUGUUCAAUGCCGAUGAAACUGGUCUUUUCUGGAAAAGAAUGCCGAGCAGAACCUUCAUUACAAAAGAGGAGAAGAAAUUGCCAGGACACAAAGCCAUGAAGGACAGACUUACCCUUAUGUUUUCGUCUAAUGCCAGCGGAGACCUCAAGAUCAAACCUCUAUUGGUUUAUCACUCUGAAAAUCCCAGAAUUUUCAAGAAAAAUAACGUUAUUAAGUCCAAACUGCCCGUCCAUUGGAAGUCCAAUCAAAAAGCCUGGGUGACCCAAGUUAUCUUCAACGAAUGGAUUCUGGAAACCUUUGCUCCUGCCGUGAAGAAAUUCUUGCUGGAAAAAGAACUGCCGCUCAAAGCCCUUCUGAUACUUGACAAUGCCCCUUCUCACUCAAAAGACCUAGAGGAAAUAUUGCAGGAAAAUUAUCCUUUUAUCAAGGUGCAGUAUUUGCCACCAAACACCACAUCCAUUCUUCAGCCAAUGGAUCAGCAAGUUAUUGCGAACUUUAAAAAACUCUACACUAGAGCCCUCUUUAAUAAGGUGUUUGAAGAAUGCGAGUUUGGUGGAGACAAUAUGACUGUCCGAAAGUUUUGGAAGGAGAAAUUUGAUGUCCUUAUGGCAAUACGACUUAUACAGAAGGCCUGGGAAGAAGUGUCACAAAGGACCCUCAUUUCUGCUUGGAAGAUGCUUGUGCCUUCGUGGACCCAGGAAGAAGCAGUAGUUGAUGACACAGAAGUGGUGAAGGACAUCAUCACAGUGGCCCAAAGGUUGGAAUUAGAGGUAGAGGAAGAGGAUGUAGAGGAGCUUAUUGAGGAACAUGAAGAAGAGCUGACAACUGAAGAGCUCCAAGCACUUCUGGUCCAGCAACAGGACAAUGCUCAAAGGGAAGCGUCAUCUGAUAACGAGGAGCAACAAUCAAACAAUCAACCAAUCCCAACUGCUGACAUCAAGAACAUCCUGGUCAAAUGGAAAGCAGUUCAGAAGUUUACCAAUGCCCACUAUCCGGAUUCAGCUGAAGCAAACAGGAUCAACGAUCUUUACUCCGAUACUCUUGUCCGUUAUUUCCGGCAGAUGAGGCAGCUAAGUGGACCAAAUGAAGGAAAUUCCACUCCAGGCCAGCGGGUGGCAGGGUACACUAAACCUUCCUCUUUUCCUUCUGCAGACCAGAAUCGGGAAAUUCUGCCUGGUUCAGCCCUGAUGACAUCACUUCAGGUUUCAGCCUCCAAGAAUGACAUCACUUCUGGUUCUGGGCCCAAAAACAUCAGUUCUGGUCCCCGGCCUCAAUGA